AUGCACACUUACAAGCUGUACUAUUUUGUGAAUCGCGGACGCGCCGAGGCAAUUCGACAGGUUUUCCAUUUGAGUGGCACUCCGUUCACCAACGAGAUUCUAACAGCCGAAACUUGGCCACCAUUGAAAGAUGAAAUGCCCCUCUAUCAAGUACCAGUUCUGGAAGUGGAUGGACACCAUAAAAUCGGGCAAUCUGUCGCCAUUUUGCGCUACCUUGGGAAUGAGCUUGGGUUGAACGGAAAGAAUCACCUUGAGAACGGGAGACUUGACAUGAUCGCCGAAGUGAUUCAAGAGUUCAACAACGAUCCAGGAGUUGGGCAUUGGGCCUAUGUGUUGAUGGGAGUUGAUCAUCAGGAUAAGGAGGACUAUUUCCGUCUAAAAGUGCGUCCAGGAAUCGGAAAGUACGCGCCAUUGAUCGAGAAAAUGUUGAUGGAGAAUGGGAACAAUGGACUAUUUUUAGGGGAUAAGGAAACCUGGGUCGAUGUGUUCGCCGCCGAAUCUUUCGGUCGUCUUCUCGAUUACGGAGAGGAAAGCUCGCUGGACGCUUAUCCACACAUUAAGGCGAUGAUCACUCGAGUACACAAUUUGCCGGGAAUUCGCGAGCACAUUCACAAUCGAGAGCACACCGUUUGC